AAUUUUGUGGGCGAGGAAAUUCACUUGUUUGCACACUGAGGAAUAUGAUAGUCUUUAGGCUAUAUAAUUCUCACAUGAUCCUAUAGUAUCACGUGUACUAGAUAAUGCCACAGGACUAGGUGGGUUCACCUUGUGGGUGUAAAUAUGCAAUGUGAGCUUUCUUUUAAGGAUAAACCUGCACGAUAUUAGCGUUUCGUCGUUGUUAAUUGUGUGAAAAUCCGUGCUUAUAGUUUUUAAAUUACUAUACUCAACUUUAUACCAACAGUCCCGUGAAAGUCGCAGUUGUCGCAUCGUUUGACGUCACCAGCCGCGACUCAAUGCUCAAUUUUGGAACUUCUAAGAACGUCUAAGGCGAAUUUGCUACGUUAACACAAUUUUAAUCAGAACGUAUUAACACACACCAGCAAAUAAUUUCAUGAAACACAUUUAAGUUAACAAAUACGAAGAAUACGUAACCGGAAAUUGUAGUUAGCUAACUUCUCAAGCGUCGCUGGGUGUGUAAAUGACAUUAUUCAAAAGAAAAAUACAUAUUUUGAUAGAUUCUUUGAGCGCAUUUUAUUGUGGUAAUUGCUAUUACUAUAAUUUAUUAUAAUGAAUAGUUCAGUAAUAAAUAAGUUACAACUAAUGUGAUUUUAUUUAAUUGAAAACAUAUACGUCAUCAACCAGCGACAACGUCAUGAUGCGAUCGUUUCCUCGUUUUAGAAAAACUAACACACAAAUUGAGACAUUUAAUUCAAUUUCAUGUUGUUGUGUGGUACCCACGUUUGGAAUGGAAACAUCCAGAUAUGAUUAGCGGUUAAAGUGCAUUGUUCGAAAAUGUAUUACUUAGCCGCCUGGUCAUACGUCAUCACCUGGCGUCAAUAUUAUGGUCUCAUUUUCGGGCUCCGAACGCACCAAAGUCUGGAUUUUAUGAUGACAUUUACUACUGGACUAAGGUUGCUUAAACAAACAGUUCCACUGUGACACUGAAAACAGGACAGGCCCGAAAGUUAGCUAGCAAACUAACUUAAAGGUGAACACGUGUUUCCUUGUCGUCCGUCUCUUAAUCUUAAAAUAUGCCUAAAUUAUUCGAACUAAAAUACCCAGAAGAGUGUAAAACCAUGCCCGAAUGCUUCUGGUCGGCCGUGGACGUGUGGAUUAAAAAGCCCCACGUAGUCAACAAGCGGCUCUGCGGGGUAAAAGAGACGCAAAGUCGACAUGCGGCAGGCGAAGCACUGAGUUUGGUGCUAGGCGAAGAUGGUGAUGACGAUGAGCUCCCCAAGGAUGUUCUGAGUUUCAUCACCACCUCAGCAAUCACACGUAAACACACACUUUCCUACCAUGUAAGGACAUUUAUUCCUAAAGUUAACAUCUACGGGACACACCAGCACAAAGAGGUUGUCGUUAAAGAUUUUGACCGCCAGCAAGUGACAUUUCUUCCAUUUGAGGUGGACGAAAAAGGCAAAGCGUCUCUGAAAAAGUGCAACAUUUAUCAGAUUCAGCUACAUCUUAAGAACUUCAAGCAAUGGCUGUUGGAGCUGCAUGUGCUGACGGCGGACACCGGAUGGCACUCUGACGGCGUGGCCUACCCGAGGCUGUCGUGGCUGUCCAGCGAGCUGCUGCCCAAGCUGCUGCGCUGGUCCACCGAGUGCAAGAGCGGAGAUUUCACCAGCACGUUGUCUCUGCUGCCUGUGGAAAAAUACAGCCUGAUGUACCAGCACCUCAAGGACAAGUACAAGGCCAUGGUCAAGGUUUGGCCUGAGGUGACGGAUCCAGAGAAGUUUGUUUACGAAGACGUGGCCAUCGCCACAUACCUCUUGGUACUUUGGUCUGAGGAGCAAACGGAACGCGAUCUGAAGAUGAAACAAUCCUUCGUAGACCUGGGCUGUGGGAACGGUCUACUCGUGCACAUUUUGGUCAAGGAAGGGCACCCUGGCAAGGGCAUUGACGUUCGUAAGAGGAGGAUCUGGGACAUGUAUGACUCCGACACGCUGCUGGAGGAACAAGCCAUCACUCCCAGUGAGAGCUUCUUAUUCCCAGAUACUGAUUGGCUAAUUGGGAACCACUCUGACGAGCUGACACCGUGGAUCCCUGUCAUAGCGGCCAGGUCGUCUUAUUCCUGUCGCUACUUUGUUCUCCCGUGUUGCUUCUUUGACUUCUUUGGAAAAUACCAGCGGCGUCACAGCCAAAAGUCGCAGUAUAAGGAAUACAUCGACUUCAUCGCAGACGUUAGCCGAGUCAGCGGCUUUGACACCCAGGUGGACUGCCUCAGGAUACCCUCCACCAAGCGGGUGUGUCUGGUAGGCCGCUCACGUAGCUACCAAACAUCUGAUGAGGCUCAGGCGGAAGACCGGCGAGCUCGUUACAUCCAGAGCCGAGUGUCAGAGGUGGAGAGUGAUCCCGUGAGCAGCAGCUGGGGGUCCGGGUUCCAGCCUCGAGAGAAGGUGGAAGUCGUGCGGAACUGCGCGACCCUUUCGCACGACUUUGUAGAUGAUGUGGUCCUUCGUGUCGCCGAUGCUCUUCUGGCGCUGACGGUGGCUGAUGGGCAGAGUUUUUCGAGCGAGUGGAACACAGGAGGCAGCUUGUCGCUGGGCGAGGUGGCCUCGUUGUUGCGUCAGGGUACGCUCCAGCAGCUGAAGAAGGAAUGUGGCGGCCUUCAGACGCUCCUGAAGAACAACCAUCAAGUUUUUCAAGUGGAAGGAGGAAGGGUCCACAUACGAGAUUGGCGGGACGGGAGACCACCCAGGGCUGGCGCCAAGAGGAGGCCCGUGGCCCCCGGUGCUCUGAAAACACGCCCCUGCUGGUUUCACAGCCAUCACCCUCAAGGCUGCCCCCUACUGGCACAACACUGCACCUUUGCUCACGGCUGCGACGACCUCCGACCUUCUACCAGACCUCACAAGAAAAGCAAAAGUGAUGUUUGAUUAUUAAUCAUAUACACAUUUUUGCCAUAACAUUACAUUUUUUUUAAAA